AUGAGCCGUAGUGGACAAACCACUAUCAUGUUCAGCUUACUUCCCUCCCUACUCUCACUCUGCACCUCGCUCAAGCUUCUCGUAUCCGAGCCCAUGUAUGGCAAGUAUAUGCGUUUGUUCCUGCUUAUACAGGCUUACCGUACCGCAGAGAACCUCCGAGACGACAAGAAGUAUAUCACUUCUUUCCUCAACGCCGGCUGGACCAACGACAUGAUGACCAUCGCGAACCUGCUAUAUCUUGUACUCUACACCUCCCAAUGA